CGGAUAAGCAGCAGCAGAACGUACUGUUAGGAGUGAGCGGUGCCUUGUGGGUACUGUAGUCCACCCGCACGCUCCCGUUUAUGUUAACGUCUCUGGAAAGAACUACAAAGAUCCACCACCGUGACCCUAAGGUCAGGCGCGCCGCGGUCUCCUAUACACGGGGAGGGUCCUGCUGCUGAGUUACCAUGGUAACCCCGCUACAAUGCCGAGGCGCGAGCGAUGCUGAAGUCUCACCUGGACCCGCGCGCGCACAAAGUCCUCGACGACCUCAGCGCGAGGAUGUCUCCGCACGUUAGAUUCCCGCCUUUAACACCGUCACAGCAACAAAGACUUGAACAACAGCAUGACACUGAGGAGGAAGACCACGAAGGAAGGAGUGUUUCUGUCCGACCUGCAGCUGGGAAGGUGAACCGGACAGGUGGCAGCUACAUCUACGCAGGCCCAGGAAGGAAACCUCAACUCCUGACGCACCUGGAGAGCUACGUGAACAAAGAGCUGCAGACGAUCGGCCCAGAGGAGCCGAAAUGUCAGGAGCUGAAACUUCAGGUCUACCGGCACGCCUUUGGUUGUUUCAUCAAAGAGUUCAAAACCUACCAGCCCCUUCUCUCUGCCAUCAAACAGGAAUAUGAAAAGACUUUAGCACAUCAGCGGGAUCAAAUCCAGGAGCUGGAGCCGCUGCGAUCCUGUCUGAGGCGGGUGACGGAGGAUUGUGACAGGAAGAUUCGAGCUCGCUGGGCGGAGGAGCAGGCGGAGAUCGAAGAGCUCAAGAGGGAGAAGCGGCGACUGCAGAAGGACGUCGAGGACAUGAGGGAGAGAGAGAAGGCCACGCAGGCGGCGGUGGACCGUCUGCAGUCUGAAUUAUCCGACCAGUACCUGCAGUACCGGGAGGAGCGCGACGCCCGCAGGCUGCUGAUCUGGCAGCUCAGUGAGCGAACAAGAGGCUCCGCGACGGAGGAGGAGCAGUCUGCAGAUGAAGAAGACGCUCAGGACUCCGUGAAGCUGCAGCUCGCUCUGAAGGUGUGUCGGGCGGACUUGACCAAAGCUCAGGAGGAGCUCACGAGGAUGAAGGCGGAGUACUGGGAUGUCGUACCACGACGCAACUGGGACGCCCUGGAACAAACACACAAACAGAACCUCCAGCAGUUGAAGACUCUGCAGCGUGACUUUGAUCAGAUGAAGAGCGAGUACGACACCCUGCUGGAGCUCCACAAGGAGGCCAGCAUGCAGGAGGAGGCGCACGAGCCAAUCACGGCGCAGACGGACGAGAGCGCGUCCGAAGAACAAAUCCAGGUCCAGUCCAACCAGCUGACGGCGCCGGUUGACUCUGGCGUCCCUGAGAGCAGCACGCUCACCGCGCAGGAGUUCAGGGCGGCCCUGAGGACAGCGUUCCCCCUGAAGUCAGAUCAGGAUCUAGAUGAACUCGUGGCCUCGGCUCAAAGCGAAACAGACAGCGAUGACGCCAUCCCGUCUCAGAGACUCCGCGACCUGCUCCAGCAGCUCGCAGAGUCCGACACAUCAACCGCCUCACCUGAAGCUCCGGAAGAAAACGCUUCAGGAGAAAACGCUGCAUCAGAUCCUCCUCCAGAAUGUGACUAAUCUAAUGAAUAUUCUUUUAAUUUAUUGCUAAUUGAAAAGGUAGGCUGACUUAUCUCAGGUUACUGACUGUCACAUUUUACAAAGCAGCUCCUGACAGCUGCGAAUGUGAGCGCAGUAAUUUAACCUCACGCUGCCGAACGCAGCUCAGAAUAAAUCACCUUCAAUUUGAA